AUGCUUCAGGACAGAGGACAACCACUGCUCGACGACUACAAUAUGGCGGCGAACGCGUUGGCCCUACCAGCGCACGUCGGGACCAUCCAUGGACAGGGCUUGAUUGCCCAGCAUGAUAUUCCGCUAGGAACCCAAAUUUUGGAGGAGAAUCCGCUGGUGGUUUGCUACACCGGGUUCGACCCAUGUUCAAUGGGCGCCCAACAAUGCGCUCCACACGCGGAUCCGAACAUUUUCGACACGCUUCAUGGUGCCAUCCAUGGUGCCACCGCUGGUACUCCGCGACAAGAAGUCAUCCAGCGCUUUGUGCAUAAUGCUUUCGACUUCCGGUCUGCCAAUCACAGGAUCUACGUCGUCGUCUAUGACAGCGUAAGUCGGAUAAACCACUCAUGCAUCCCCAAUGCGUACUUGGAGAUUCUAUCAGCAAGUGGCAAUCCUGCCCACCAGCAAGGUCAGGCUAGGCUCAUCGCCAGCCAGCCCAUUCGCAACGGGGCGGAGAUAUUCGUUAAUUACAUCACGAACGAUUGGCUCAAUGACGGAGCUACCCGCCGCCAAGUGCUCCAGACUAAUUGGGGAUUCGCCUGCACUUGCACAGCUUGCCAACCUACGAAUCCUCUACAGGUCGGGAUGGACGACCAGAGACGAGCGCUUGCGCGGACCCACCAAGCGUCCCUGAUCGGAGGGCCUGCUCCCGCGAACGCUACUGAACUGAGCCAACGAAUAUCUGAUCUGGACCACUACAUCCGGCUGCUCCGGACACUAGGCAAAUUGGACGGUGACCUCUCCCGGGCGUAA